GGCCAGCCCUGAGGCUGAGGGCGGGAAGAAGAGGAGAAGGAGGAGGAGGAAGGCGGCUGCUUGCCUGUCCUCCCCGCCGCCUGCAAAGCUGCAGGCAAGCAGUGCCCCCAUGGCCAGGAGCGAGGCCACCCUCCGCACAUGGCUGGGCUGCUGCGGGCUGCUGGGCUGUUUCUUGCUGGGCUUUCUUGCAGCUCAUUCACCAGGCUGCCUCACCUGGCAGGAACUGAACAGAAUCUUCUUCUUGCCAAGCAAAUUCAAGGCCAGUGGAAGGAAUUUGGACUAGAUUCAGCAGAACUCGUUCAUUAUGAUGUACUUCUUUCAUAUCCAAAUGAAACUCAGCCAAACUACAUCUCAGUAAUUGAUGAUCAAGGAAAUGAGAUUUUCAAUACAUCGUUGUCUGAACCACCUCCACAGGGGUAUGAAAAUGUCACUGAUAUACUGCCACCAUAUAAUGCUUUUUCAGCACAAGGAGUGCCAGAGGCAGAGCUGGUGUAUGUGAAUUAUGGCCGUACUGAAGAUUUUUUCAAGCUGGAACGGGAAAUGGGAAUUAACUGUACAGGGAAGAUUGUCAUUGCCAGAUAUGGAAAGAUAUUCAGAGGAAACAAAGUUAAAAAUGCCAUAUUAGCAGGAGCCCAGGGGAUCAUACUUUAUUCAGACCCUGCUGACUACUGUGCCCCAGGAGUAGCUGCUUAUCCAGGUGGCUGGAACCUUCCAGGUGGAGGAGCCCAGCGUGGGAAUGUGUUAAAUCUAAAUGGAGCUGGGGACCCUCUGACCCCAGGUUAUCCUGCAAAAGAGUACACUUUCAGGUAUAAAGUUAAUGAAGGUGUAGGGAUUCCCACAAUCCCAGUUCAUCCUAUUGGAUAUCAUGAUGCAGAAGUACUGUUGAGUGCAAUGGGAGGACCUGCAGCUCCAGAGAGCAGCUGGAAGGGAAGUCUCAAUGUGUCUUACAACAUAGGGCCAGGAUUUGCAGGCGAGUUUUCUACAAGAAAAGUCCGAAUGCACGUGCACACCACCAGCAACAUAACGCGCAUUUAUAACGUCAUCGGCACCCUCCGAGGGGCUGUGGAGCCUGACAGAUAUGUCAUUUUAGGAGGUCACAGAGACUCUUGGGUGUUUGGUGGUAUUGAUCCAACUACAGGUGCAGCUGUUCUGCAAGAGGUUGUACGGAGUUUUGGUAAAAUGAAGCUGGAAGGUUGGAGACCUCGGCGAACUGUUAUUUUUGCUAGCUGGGAUGCAGAAGAAUUUGGAUUAUUGGGUUCCACAGAAUGGGCUGAGGAAAAUUCCAGAAUCCUUCAGGAACGGGCAGUAGCUUACAUCAACUCGGAUUCUUCUAUAGAAGGUAACUACACAUUAAGAGUUGACUGCACCCCUCUUCUCUACAAACUGGUGUACAACCUGACAAAGGAGAUUGUAAGCCCUGAUGAGGGUUAUGAAAAUAAGUCUCUUUAUGAGAGCUGGCUUGACAAAGAUCCUGCAGCUGAAAAUAAUAGCUAUCCCAGAAUAAACAAACUGGGCUCAGGCAGUGAUUUUGAAGCUUACUUUCAGCGGCUGGGCAUUGCGUCAGGCAGAGUCCGAUACACCAAGAACAGGAAAACAGACAAGUUCAGCAAUUAUCCUGUUUAUCACACUGUGUAUGAGACCUUUGAGUUAGUGGAAAAAUUUUAUGACCCCACCUUCAAGAAACAGCUGACAAUUGCCCAGCUACGAGGCAAACUGGUUUAUGAACUGGCAGAUUCCCAGGUCAUUCCAUUCGACUGCAGAGAUUAUGGGGAAGCUUUAAAAGAAUAUAGCAACAGAAUUUAUAAACUGGCCAAGAAACAUGAAGAACAGAUGGAACUGUACAACGUGUCAUUUGAUUCUCUUUUUUCUGCUGUGGUGAACUUCUCAAAGGCUGCUGCUGAAUUUCACAGGAGACUUGAAGCAGUCAACAAGAAAGAACACACCAUCUUUGCUCCAAGCAGUCACAACAAGUAUGCUGGAGAGUCCUUCCCAGGGAUCUAUGACGCCAUGUUUGAUAUUGAAAGCAAAGCAGCUCAACAGGACGCCUGGGAAGAGGUCAAGAGGCAGAUUUCCAUUGCAGCCUUCACCGUGCAGGCAGCAGCAGGGACGCUGAAAGAAGUAGCAUAGACUCAUGGCUUCCAAAAGCUCAAACACCAAGGUCUGAAAUGCAGUGGCACCAGGCUACUGCAGUGACCCAGUCUCUCCUGACUGCCUGCUUUAGCUGAAUAUUCAACCUUCUGAAUGCAUGCAAGUGUCCUGGCAGGGUGAGCAGGAGCUACCCUACUCCUGAGCUAGGAAGCACAGCUUCUCUCAUACCAACAAAACUAU